GCUAGUGUGACGUCACAAGUCACUUCCGGGUCCAAGGCUUCUAGCGCGCAAUGUAAACACAAUGGCUGCUGCCAAAGAAACGGUCACUUUUUUCACGGUAACAGUGAAUUUUGCUGACUUUCCAAAGUCAGUGAAGAGGGGUUUAAACUCUUACAACUCAAACCGAGUUGUAAAUAUUUCUGUGGUGACAGGUGGAAGUCUGAAAUGGAAAGCACAGGCUUCAAUGAAAAACAACAUUUACGAGGUUGAGGAGAUGUCUGCAGUCCGAAGGGGCUCUUGACUUGAGUUUGUGUUUAGUGAAAGAAGCAGAUGGAUCUGUCCUCUUGCCCAUUUUACCAUCCUGUUUGUCUCAGCUGGAUCUUCAGUCUUUGAGCCGUAUGCUGGCUUCAGACAAGGGCUGUCAGAUAGUUUGGAGUCAGUCUCCUCUGCACUCAAAGAAGGGAAGAAAGAAGGCCAGUGGGAACAAACUAGAGAGAAUCCUCCGGGAGCUGCUGGAGCAUCAUGGUGAGGUGUGGGUGGAGGAGCUGAGGAGGGAUCUCCCUCGCAGCUUCCAACGGCACGGAGACCUCAUCCUGCUCGGAGAAAACUGUUUCAGUUCUCCUCUGUGGAGAAACAUGGGUGAUCAGCUGUGGGCGGCCGUGGCUGGAGGACUGGGAGCAAAGCGGCUGGCAAAGAUGAGCCGGAUCUCCAGGGACGGGUUCAGGUCCCCUGUGGUGACGAUGCUGCUGGGAGAAAACAGCUGGGUGGAACAUGUGGACAACGGCAUCAGAUACCAGUUUGAUGUGACGAAGUGUAUGUUCUCAGCUGGAAACAUAACCGAGAAGCUCCGGGUGGCUGCGUUUGAUUGCACAGGGGAGACAGUGGUGGAUUUAUAUGCAGGUAUCGGGUAUUUCACCCUCCCAUAUCUGGUGCAUGCGAAGGCUGCUCGGGUUCUGGCCUGUGAGUGGAACCCGCACGCGGUCCAAGCUCUGCAGGAAAACCUGGAGGUGAACGGGGUGUCUGAUCGCUGCACCGUUCUUCAGGGGGACAACCGUCAGGUGCGUCUCUCUGAUGUUGCGGACCGGGUGAACCUCGGUCUCAUACCGAGCUCUGAGGACGGCUGGCCGGUCGCCUGUCGCCUACUGAAGAGAGCCACCGGCGGCGUUUUACACAUCCACCAGAACGUCACCUCGCCCGUACCGAACGCCGCGGCUGGCGACGAGCUCCAGAGGGCUUCUGGGAAGGAAGCCGACCGGCAGGCGUGGCAGACCUGGGCGGACGGCACGGCAGACCGCAUCGCCUCUCUGCUCCGGGACGUGACGGGCGGCCCGUGGACAACCGCCGUCCUGCACAUAGAACACGUGAAGUCGUACGCGCCCCACGUCCACCACGUCGUGCUGGACCUGCAGUGCAGACCGUUGGAAUUCAGCGAAGCCAAAAAUGAUAGCGAGCGGACGUGAAAUAUCUGGACGAGCUAAAACUGUAGAAAAAAAGAAGCAAACAGCCGGUUGCCGGGCUGCGAGAUCGCCGUUAAUACAAUCCUACAUUUAUCCAGGGCAGCUUGACCGAACGCUGCGGCUCUAAUCACAUCUGGCACAGCUGCACAGACAAACCACCUCUGCUCCUUAUCCGUCUGGCAGCUGUGCAGGGCAGUUGGGCAAAUCCUGCAGCUGAGCCUGGACCUGCAGGUUUCUAACUGCUAAAAAUGAGUUUUUCACUUCCACUGGCGCUUAUGCUUGCUCAUAUGGAAUUGUUGGUUUUCUCCCUCUUUAAAAAUGCCUUAAAAUGACCGUGUGGUAUUUGGUGCUAUAGAAUUAAAAUUAAAUGAAGCAAAUUUUGAUAAAGUAUUUGAUCAGCAGACUUUUUAACACUUUCUGAGACGGCACUGAUGAAGACAGGAAAAUGUGUCUCCUAAUCAUUCAUACUCUCACACCUCCAUGCAACGUAGAGUCCGCUAUUUCCCUCUAUCACCUAUUUUUGAAAUGUGUUUGGCUGGUCCUGCUACAGGUGGAGUGGUGUAUGUUUUCCACUAAUGCAGUGCAUACAGAAUUAUUAUGAUGCAAUAGACUGAACAAAUUAAGAAUAUACAACAAUAAGACUAAUAUUAUAGAUGUGUUUAAAGUAUUCUGAUUUAAGGGUUAGAACUCGAUAAUAUUAAACUUCCUCCUUCUCAAACAUGUGGAAACUUUUUUUAAUCUGGUUUUUUGUGAGCAUUUUUUUUUCUUUUUUUAGAUUUUCUGGAGCCUAUGCCUCACAGCUCAGCAUAAAGAUUUUGUUUUUUCCCAUAACUAAGGAAAUUAAGACAGUGAGGAUUCAAUCAAACACACACGGAGUAAGCUGGAGGAAAAAAAAAGAAUGUUCAAACUCCAGACAGAGAGCAGAUUUUGAUCACACAAACAAAUAUACAUACAUUAUAAAGUUCAGUUCAAAGCAAGAGACGAACUUUUUAUUUGAAAUGGGUAAAAACUGAAGGAAGAGUCUGAAUAAAGCAGAGUUGUGAUUCUUUCAUGUGGAAAAAUCAGUGAAUUAGUUUUGUGGAAAUGAUGUGAAUCAUCUGAUGUUUGGAGGUUUGACCCCUCCACAGAGAAAGACGGGAAGAUUUGCACCCAAAUAAGGAAAAAAAAUCUUCUGGAUGAAUGCGACUCAUCCUUCCAGGAGAAAUUGAUGAUUAGAAGAAAUAAAGCUGUUCUGGCAGUUUAUGCAGGUUUGACUUAUUUAGUCCUAUUUUGUAUUUCAAUGAAACAUCACAGUAUUGAAUUGUUUUGAAUUUGACGUUGUUUACUACAUGAAUGUGAUUUACUCCUCCAUCCAUGUUUUACACUGCUUCAGCAUUUUACUGUCACACUACGCUGGAGAGGCGUCCUGCUGACUGAGGGUGAAGUCAGGUUACACCCUGGACAGUCCGUCACAGUCCAAACUCAGAGAGACAGUCACGUUCUAUUAAAUUUAGAGUUGCCAAUUAACCACAUACAUUUUUGGGAGCAAGGUGAGAUUCAGUGUCCAUGUUAUCAGCUUUUUUAUAUAUGCACUACAUGUCUAUGUCGGACAAAGGUUGCUCAUGUUAUUUUUAAAUCGAAGUGACAGUUCCUCUUUUAAAGGUGGCGUUGCAGGUCAUUUGUUUUACUGCGUAUUGUUCCUCCAUAUAUUUGCAAACGCCUUGACAGCAAACAAUGGCGUUGUAUAAGUGUCUGUCGGAGAUAACAGCUCCGGUCCGGUUUUACACUCGCGGGCCACGGAUGACUCACCGGUUUAACCUAUUGAAUUAAGACUUGAGGCAACAUUUACUUAAAUCCCUCUCGGCCCGUUGGCACCGUUGGCGUGCGUCGCCUCUCACAGGUGAACGCAUCUUUCUAGCUUCUCUCACAUAUCAGAUUUUGGUGACAAACCUUUAACAUGAGUUGUAUCUGCCUAAAGAAUUGUUUAAUACUGUUGUUGUGUGAGAUUUAAUGUGAGCACUGAAGGAAGCCAACGAGCUGGUUUUUUUGUAGAUUUUAUUAGAUAUCUGCACUUUUUUGUCUCUGAUAUUUCUAAAUGCAAUGCUGAGUAAAAUCUAUCACUUAGAGAAAACAUCCCCCAGUUAAUGAAAGAGUAAUGAAAUGAUGAGCUUCUCAUCAGAAAUGUUGAGAAAGGUUAAAAUGAAGAGUAAUGCACAGACAACAGAAAGUAUCAAUCGACAACAAUAACUUAGUCAUGAGAGGGAAAUAACUGUAAAACAGCAUGAAGAACACUAACGGCAUCAGAUGGCAAGUGAAGAAUAACGGUUGGACAGUAUUCAUUUUAUGUCCAGGUUUAUGGAAAAUACUUCCGAAUUUUUUUGUUUCCAAAGGCCAAUUCAAGGUGCUUAGAACAGCAUAAAAGCCAUGUAGCAUGUAGACACACGGAAGAAACAUUCCUACCAUCACAAAUAACACAGUUAGCGUUGAAAACAUGAUUGUGAUAAAUGUGAAAUUUUUUGUAGACUCUGUGUGGGGUGAAACCUUCAAACUCAACAGACGAUCAAAUAAUUACCCCCCCCACCCCCACCCCCACCACCACCAUUAUACACAUGGAGAUGAAAGAGGAUUUGAUUAUUCUGUCCUUUAAUAAGCUUCACAAAUGUGUCUUAGCAGGCGGCCUCGUUUGCAGGAGGAGUCAGACGUCACCCUGACUGAUCCUCUGAUAUCCUACAGGCCACACUUACAGUUCGCUGCUCACGGAGAGGACAGUCGUCUUUGAAACUCC